UGGCGGUGGCGACGGGGCCGGGCAGAGUCAACAUCCGGCGACGACGGUCAGAGAGAUGCGCACGUUUCGUCGGCGCUCGUCGUGGAAGGAAGGACGCCGCGAUCGCGAUUUCGGGACAUGAAAGGGAGAUGAAUGAUCGCGAGAGGGAGACGACGAGGAGGACGUGAGAGAAGCGCCGGUGCUUCCGGGGGUGUCGAAGAAGAAGAAGAGACGACAACAGAAACAGAGAGAAAGCGCGAAAGAGAGAGAGAGGGAGAGAGAGAGAGAAAGAGAGAGCGACGACGAUUCGAACGAAUCUCUUUGCUUUUUCCACGCUCGUGUGCUGUUUACCCAACCUUUCCCCCUUCGUGAAUGGUGUUGUGCUUUAAGAUCGACGCGCGUCCCUACCCUUUUUCUUCUUCUUCUUCUUCCUCUCGACUUUGCUCGCGUAAUCCUUGUGUGUUAACGAUUCGGUUAUAGAAACAUGUCGUCCGGGGCAGGGUCAAGUGGAACUGGAAGAGGUCGUGGUUCAUCGUUGGCAGACAAUAAGCCAGAAAAUAAAGAAACCAAGCCAAAUCCAAAGAUGUCAAAAGCUCUAGGAACUUCUGCUAAAAGGAUACAGAAAGAAUUGGCUGAAAUCACAUUAGAUCCACCUCCAAAUUGCAGUGCAGGGCCAAAAGGAGAUAAUUUGUAUGAAUGGGUAUCUACGAUAUUGGGUCCUCCAGGUUCUGUAUACGAAGGAGGUGUAUUUUUUCUUGACAUACACUUUUCUCCAGAAUACCCUUUUAAGCCUCCAAAGGUCACAUUCCGAACACGUAUUUAUCAUUGCAAUAUUAACAGUCAAGGAGUGAUCUGUUUGGAUAUACUGAAAGACAAUUGGUCUCCUGCACUUACAAUUUCGAAAGUGUUACUUUCUAUAUGCUCCCUUCUCACAGACUGUAAUCCAGCUGAUCCUUUAGUGGGUAGUAUAGCAACACAAUAUUUACAAAACAGAGAAGAACACGAUCGCAUAGCACGGCUAUGGACCAAGCGUUAUGCUACAUGAGCAUAUUUGUAAUACAUAUGUAACUCCUAUUAGUCUCAUGCCAAGUUCUCAUCAACUGCUGUUCUCAUCAAAACGUCUCACAAUAGCUAUUAUACAUCUUUAUCCAUGAUUAUACUGGUCAAGAAACUGUACGUGAAGACCUUUUGAGAUCAGCUUGACCAUGAUUGUGAUGUGCUUUAUUUCAAGAAUGUAAUGUGCCUAAGAUGAAUGAAUGUGUGUGCAAGUAUAAUGUGUUAGGGCAUGAAAUAGGAGUUUUUCACCUAAAAAUUAUGACGGGAUAGUAUUUAAAUGGAUUGUAUUGUAUGCAAACAAUACUAAGCCGAUACUGCUAAUACUUGUAGGGUAGGUGAUAUCAUGAACAAUAUAAUUAAAAAUUAAAUUAUAAGUAAACUAGGUGCAUAGUUUAUGAAACGUGAAUCUAGAAAGGCACGAUUCUCCACAAUGUAAACUCCAAUAUUUUUAUAUUUACUCAAUUUUAUUAUAUUUUUAAAUUAUAUUGUUUAAAUAUAAUUUUAAUUCAAUUUUUAUCCAAAUUGGCCAUACCAACAUUACGUGCACCUAUUCGGAAUUUUUACCAAGUACAUCUUCUCCAAAGAUAAUAUUGGUAUUUGCAAGAACAUAAAAUCCAAUUAUAAUAUUUGGGGCCACCUGCAAAAUCUUUGUAACUGUAAAUAAAUAUCAUUUCCUGUAUAUUCGAACUAGUACAUUGAAGAAACUGAAAUUUCUAUUGUCUACAUGUGUAUGUAUAAAUUGUCUUAUACUUAUAUAGCCAUAAGUAUUCCGUACUAUCUCAUUACUGUACUUCAUUACUUUUUUUUGGUAUUUGUACUUCGUUUUCCUUUAGGAAAAUGGCUGUGUCACAAAACAAAUUAAGAAAUGUUUUACUCAUUUUCUAAUCUUUUGUGUAGUAGCCAUUUCGUAUUCAAUGUGUUCAGUAAAGUAUUGAAAUUUUGGUUUUUUUCUUUUUUACUAAGAAAGAUCUUAGUAAAAUCUUAGAUCUAUUGGAUUAUAUGUUAUCGAUCAAUUUAUACAAAUUUUUCUUUCAUGUGAUUUUUUUAUAAUUAAGACAUGUUUAUGACAAGAAACGAAAGAUAAUGGCUUUUAAUGGCAAGGUGGACCAACAGACCACUUUGUAAAUAAUUCAGAUCAAAGGAGCAAGUUGUUGCUUGGAAAAUUGGGUGGUAAUGUGUGUGACUGCAAUUUAUAUACCUUGUAAUAAACAAUCAGUAAAACUCAUUCAAUUUAACAUUGUACAGUUUUAUGAUGUAAACUAAGCUUUUAAGAUUUUUCUCUUCGAUGUCAAAUUCUCUUGUAAAUAUCACUGUGUGAAAUGACUUUGCAUGAGAGGUGAGACUCUCUCGCUCUCUUUCACUCUCUCUCUCUCUCUCUCUCUUUCUCUCUCUCUCUCUCUCUCUCUCUGUCUUUCUCUUUCACUUACACACCUUCAUUAUAGAUAUAACCAUUUUAUUCAUAAUUUUACUCGGUUCCCCGAUUAUUUGAGAAUGUUAGGUCUUCUCGUUUUUGUAAACUGUUGAACGAACAUCAAAUUUUGUAUGUUGCUUAAUGUGAAAGCGGCGCAUUAAUUCUAUUUAGGAAUUGUAAAUACGUCGAUAUACAUACAUAUUUGUCGAACGUGCAUAUUUGCUGUUUAUAAGAGUAGUAAUGGAAUAUAAUCAAUCUUGCUCUUCCUUAACUAGAGAGAGCUGCAGAAACAAAAACAAAAAAAAUUUAUCUAUGGAAGUGCAUAAUGCAGUUUACUAUAAUCAUGUUAAAUAUCAAUUUAAUUAAGGAUCGCUCUCCGUUGUAUUCCUUUUUGUAUUCCUUUUGUAACAAAUCAUCAGGGAAAACGUUUCAUUCCAAGAAAAUAAUUAAUUUCAAUUUUUAUUCAUUCUUUUUUUGAGAGAUUUCUUUAUCCAUAAGCUCUUUGAUUAAAUGAUAUUUCGUUUUGCAAUUUUUAUCAAAUAAAGAGAUUACGUUAUAUUGUAUUUUAAACAUAUUUCAUAUGUUCAAAGUUAUGCUGCAUUAUUCACAGAGAUAAAUAUGUGCUAUUCACAAAAACUAUUUAACUGAUGAAUGCGAUUGUAAUCUCUCUCAUUCACUAAAGACAGAAAGAGGCUACAGCUCUGGUGAUAUCAAAAUGGCAAAAUAAAAAAAAAAAAAGAGAAAUGAGAGAUCCACUAAUCCUAAUCAAUGAUGGAUGUUAGUCUGCUACCGAAUGGUCUGCAUAAAUAUAAAUUACAAUAAAAUAAA